GUACCAUACCGUACAUGCAUACCAUCAACAACCAUUAUCCUCGCUAGCUCGCUGAUCCCCAGUUUUCAAGCGAUAAUAGGCUCAGCCGAUACCUAACUUGUCAGUCUGAGCACUCUUUGCUUUAUUCAAAAAAGAAAAAACAGUUUUUGUACGAUGAAAGCCCUUCGUCUUUCCUUAGCCUUGCUCUUGGCAUGGAGCCCCACAGGUUGGGCAUUGUUCAAGAAGGGAGCCGCAAAGCCGUCUCUCAAGGAACGCCGUGCAUUGGCUAAGGCGGAAGCCCAAAAGUACCAGGAGCUUCGACAUCAAGGUGUCGAUGAAGUCAGUCAUACCAAAGAAGCAGCGCUCAUGCGCAAGUACCGCCUUCGCAAGAAGAAGCGAAAGGGAUUGUUCCUAAAGCGACCGGCAGAUCUGACAUCCAUUCUAUUCCCAGGAGUAGCUCCCGAAAACUUUCAGCCCAAGGAGCCCAUCUGGGCCAUUACCGAUUCGGUCCAAUCCAAAAAGACACAGUUGCCAUUUCGAUUCUAUGAAUUGCCAGGGUGCCCCAAGCCUGAAGCAGGAACAGCCUGGAAGAAAAACUUGAAGCAGCGACGUAAUCUCGGUGUUCGUUUGCAGGGAAAUCAACUCCUGCCGGCACCAUAUUCGUUUAAAACCAUUGAAGACCAAUUCUGCACGCCCCUGUGUCAGGUCAAAGUUGCUCCCAAAAAGACUAAAUGGCUCAAGAGUCUCAUUAACCGGCAGUAUCGCGUUCAAAUGAGUCUGGAUACGUUGCCUCUCCUGAUGAGAGACAAGAGUAUGAAUUUUGCUGUGCGUGGAUACCCCGUUGGAUUCAAACGGUCAUCCGACAAACCUGGCGCUAAAUCGGGUGAAUACUAUGUUUACAAUCAUCUCAAGUUUAUCAUUACCUAUCAAAUGGAUCGCAGCUCCUUUGAUGGCGUGCGGAUUACUGGAUUUGAUGUUCAGCCCACCAGCAUCCAACACGACUUGGUGGAUGGAGGAGAAAGCAAAGUAACGGCGAAGACUGUGGUCAGUUCCUGUCAUGGCACCCAGAGCGUUGCGAAUGAUCCCAAACGAUUCUUGCAGCUUCCUGCCGAUGGUGAAGGCAUGGAGAUUAUGUAUAGCUACGAGGUUGAAUGGCAGCAAUCGGAUCUCGCUUGGGCAGAUCGUUGGGAUGUCUACAUGAUCAACGUCCCGGAUGACGGUAUUCACUACUAUGCCAUUAUGAACUCCCUCAUGGUGGUCCUUUUCCUGACUGGAGCCAUUGCUACAAUCCUUGUCCGAACCUUGAAUCGAGAUAUUGCCGGCUACAAUGAACAAACGUUGGAAGACGCAAAAGAAGAGAGUGGCUGGAAGCUGUUGCACGGAGAUGUCUUUCGGCCACCAACAACCUACCCCAUGGCAUUGAGUGUCGUUACAGGAACAGGUGCACAAAUUGGCACUGCCUGUCUUUUGACUCUAAUCUGUGCAAUGGUCAAGUGGUUGAAUCCAAUGAAGAAGGGAGCCACACUGACUGCCAUUUUGAUUUUGUAUGUGCUCAGUGGAUUUGUUUCAGGCUAUGUUUCUUCCAGAAUGUACAAGUUUUGCAAGGGCAAAGACUGGAAACUCAACACCAUUGCUACAGCCGCUGCAUUGCCAGGCUCUUUGGUAUCCAUCUUUAUUAUUCUGAACAUCUUCCUUUCCUUUGCGGGUGCAGCAACAGCUGUCAGCUUCUGCACUAUUCUGGCAUUGUUUGGAAUGUGGAUGUGCAUCAGCACACCGUUGGUGUUUGUAGGUGCCCGCUAUGGAUUCAAAGAAGAACCCUUCAGUGUGCCAACCAAAACCACGCAAAUUCCUCGAGUCGUUCCUGAGUCACCAUGCCAUACUCGUCCACCCUGGUCCUUGCUCCUUGGUGGUCUGUUGCCAUUUGGAUCCGUUUGUCUCGAGGUCUUUUUCAUCAUGAACGCUCUAUGGUUGCAUCAAAUUUACUACAUGAUGGGGUUCCUCUUUAUUGUCUUGCUGAUCUUGACGGCAACCUGUGCAGAAGUGUCAAUCGUCAUGACCUACCUGCAGCUAGUGGAGGAAGAUCACCGUUGGUGGUGGAAGUCUUUUGGGAAUUGUGCCUCUGCUGGCUUCUUCCUCUUCCUUUACAGCCUAUGUUUCCUAGCUAGCCGACUAGAGCUGGUUGGCUUUCUUCCAGUUGUGGUCUAUGUGACCUACAUGUGGAUGAUAUCUGUUUGCUUUGGAUUGUUCUGUGGUAGUGUGGGUGUUCUUUCAAGUUUCUGGUUCAAUACCAAGAUCUAUGGGGCUAUCAAAGUCGACUAAAGCUUUGAUACAUGCUAGGUUUGCGAUCGAGGCACAUCGCAGAAAAUGGAUAAUGAUUUCACUAGCCACGCCUUUGCGGUUUUUUGUGAGUGGCUGAUGCGUGUAGAUGUGCUGAUGAACGGUCUCCGUUUAGGCUUUUAAAAGCUAGCCAACGGAUAAGUCAAGGCACUGAAAUUGUUGCUAACAAUAAAGUACCUAAAAGAAAGGAAACGAAAUUCACUAAACGUCUACAUUACUAGUUGCCGGUGAGAUGGUGACUGGCUUCUAUGCAUAGUUCUGUUUUGCAGAUUGCUGAUAUUGGCAAUCGUCCACAAAACUUUGUAUCGCAUGCACAACCCCGUACCGGUAUCGGUACCUAUACCGUAAAGGUAUCUGUAGCAGGCCAGCAGCUCAUCGCCAGGAUUUCCCGUAGAUUGCAAUGUUUCGUGGGGGUGUCCAACGCCUCGGGACUACUCAAACCUACAACUUUUGUGACAGACCGGUAUGGAAGGUACUGUCUUCAUCGAUUGACUACACAUAGCAACUGUGACACGGAUUCUGUGACGAAAGCAUGGACUGCAGGCUAGCCAUCACAUCCACAAACAGAUCAUCUCUUGCCACCAUCUUUCUUCUUAUUCCGUUGUUGUUGAUAGAUUUCUUCUGCUUCCUUUCGAGUUGGCACUUCGUUACUCAAGGACCAUGAUGCCCAGAACCACAGCAAGUUAAUACCAGCACCCAAGAUGGAAUACUCCUGAAUUCCCAUAUCGCCAAAUAGCGCUGUGAUUCCCGAAAGUCCUAAAGACAUGAGUGACUUUCCAAGUCGAUAUCCAAAGACACCAAUGACUUCCUUGCCCACAAAUCGGCUUUCAAAAUCCAAGGGUACGUAGACCAUUUCAUCCAGCAUUCUUCGAGCGGAGUAUUCCAGUACCUUCAUGACUAGCAGAGUGGUACUGACAACGUAAAGUGUUGGGUCUGGUUGACUGGCUUGGAAGGUUGUGAACAUCAUAGCAAUAAAGGGGACAAUACGCC